AUUUCUCUCAUUUCUCUCAUUUCUCUCAUUUCUCUCAUUUCUCUCAUUUCUCUCAUUUCUCUUUCAUUUCUCUUACAUAUCUCUCAUCUCUCAUCUCUCAUCUCACCCACCUCCACGCCCUCCAUUCGGCUCCGCCCGCUCCUAUAAAUACUCCGCUCCCGCCCUUACGGCCCUCUUUCGCUACUAUCGCCCUUCCAAACAGCUGCUUUUUUUUCUUAUCCACCUCAGAUAACUCACAGCUCCAACUUCAACUCCAACUCCAACUCCAACUCCAUCUUACAACUCUCAUUUUAACAAAUAAAAUGGGCUUACUACAAUCUGCAGAUAAGGAAAAGAUAAAAAGAAACAUCCCCAGACAGAAAAACAAAAUCAUAGACUUCACUGUUGCUAGACUCUACAUCUCGCUUCCUAACCAAAAUGACUGGAUAUACACUGGCCUAAGUGGUGCAAUAGUUCUAAUUGACGACUUGCUAGGCCAUACUUUCUUCCUCAAAUUGAUCGACAUAUCAAAUGGCUCCAACAAAGGUGUUCUCUUCGACCACGAACUAUACGUCAACUUUGCCUACAACAAAGAUCGAACCUUUUUCCACACCUUUGAAAUCGACAAUUGCUAUGUUGGGCUUUUGUUUGAGGAUAUCAAUGAAGCAAACAAAUUCCACAAAAGAGUCGUCAACAGAGAAAAAUACGCUUCAAAAGAGACUCUCAAAAAUAAAAAUGCUAUCCCUUUGCAAAAUAACCUCUCAAGUAGUUCCAACACAAACUCCUUUCUCAAUCACUCAAUUCCUGGUCCAAGAGGCAACAACAAUCCUGACUUUGAGAACAGAUUCAGAAGCAACUUCUCUGACUCAAUUACAAACAACACAAACAAUCCCAAUGUCUCACAACCCCAUCCAAAAUAUAAAAAAGAACCUCCUCCCCCUCCUCCUCCACCAUCUAUUCCAACCCAAAAUUCAAACUCUACAUACCAAUCCUCUUCUCAACCAUCUUUUCUAAACAACUCUUCGACAUCAUCUUUUGCUUCUUUGCAAAACUCUUCAGAUGAGGUUCUUCCCACAAUAGCUGCUCAGAAAUCGUCAAUUACACCUGCACAUCCAAAUCCACCCACAACUACCACAUCAAAUCUUAAUCAAACUUCCCAACCUUCAGAUACUCAGCCUUCAAGACCAAAGUUUAGAGUCCCUCCAUUACCAACAGGUCCAAUUCAAUCAAAAAUCUUGCAUCCUAACCAACAACCUCACGUUCAGUCAUUGCAACUUCCACCACAGCAACGACAGCAACAGCAACCUCCAUCUCAACCACCAGUUCUACCUCCCUUUUCAGCUGCUGCCUCUCCUCCACCUUUACCUCCAAAAACCCCUACUAGAAAUUUAACACCAACCAACAAUCCUUACACGCCCAUCACUUCCUCAAUUCCUGCUCCCCGUCCUCCUCCUUCAAGAUCAAAUCUUCCAACUAAUAACAUUCCUCCUCCUCCACCAUCAAGACCUCAAUUGCCUCCAAGACUCCCAAUACAACAAGGCAUGCCAGUUCAAGCCUCUCAGUUUGGUUAUAAUAAUAAUAACAUCAAUAAUAACAUCAAUAAUAACAAUAAUCUGAACAACAAUUCUAGAAAUGGUCCUCCUCCACCUCCACCUCCAAGAAGAGGUGUUGCUCCUCCUCCUCCAGCUUCAAGACAUUCACCCAAUAAUCCUAGCGCUAAUCUUAAUUCUGAUUUUAAUCAAAUGGUCAAUCAAACCUUUCAAAACAAUACGACUUCUCAAUAUCAACCUCAACAAGUUCCUCAACAAACACAAAAUAUUCCUACCAAUCCAUUGCCAUUAAAUUCAUUUUUACCUCCACCAAGACGUAUCAUAUCCAACUCUACUCCUAUUAACAACCCAGAUCAGAAUGAUAACUGUCAAUCCUAUCAAAACCCUUCUCAAACACCAUCUAAUUUAUCCAAUAACAUUAAUCUGAGACCCGCAGCUCCACUACCACCAAAUCUUUCUACUUCUUCUAUUCCUCCACCUGCUCCAGCACCACCUCCAAAUAUUUCAAAUUUUUCUGCUCCAGCACCUCCAGCACCACCACUCAUGCAAAGCAAUAACCCAGCAUCCUCAAUGAAUACAUCUCUGAUUCCAGUCGUGGAACCUGAAAGAGAUGCCUUAUUAGCUUCCAUUCGAAAUGCCGGCGGUUUGAAAAGCUUAAAAAAAAUCGAAAAAUCAAAUCUAGAAAAGCCCUCUGUUUUACUAACAGAGACUAAAGGUGGAAAUAAAUCUUUAAAUUCUAAUGCUAAUCCUAAUCCUAAUUCUAAUUCUGAUCCUCAGGCUUCUUUAGCCGAUGCAUUAUCAGUAGCAUUGAACAAGCGUAAACAAAGAGUUUCUAAAUAUAAUGAUGACGAUGACUGGUAAAUAAUACAAUUCUGCUAUACUAUUUGGGAUUUCUGAUAAUAUCCUUUGCCAAAAAUGAAAAUAUAUUAAAUUUCGUAAGCUUUUGAUUUUUCUGAUUUUUCUCUUUUAUUUUUUGUAUUUUUUUUUUUUGCAUAGAGAGCAUUAUACACAUGCUCUUAUAAACCAUCAGACUUUUACUUGGGUAUUUUUUGACUUUUUGUUGUUGUUUUAUUUUUUUUUUCAUGUUAAGCGCAAAAUG